GGUGACAUGAGAGGUCACAUGGAGGGAGGCUGGGGCUUGGCUGAAGUGAGUGAUGGUCUAGGCAGGAACUCUCUGGGAUUGGUUGCUCUUGAUGGCGAGCUUGUGAGCUAAAUGUGAGAAAAAACCUGUGGGCAUCCCUGCAACACCUCCAGCUCUUGUCUCCAUCUUGGUCUGACAUGGCUCCCUCAUGGUGGGGUGACAGGUUGCUCCUCAUCCAUCUGCCCUGCUCUGCUUCCCCUGCCCUCUGUCCCAGGUGCAGCUCCAGCCCCAGACAUGUCCUGCUACACCCCGUGCCGGCCCUGCCAGCCCUGCGGCCCGACCCCGCUGGCCAACAGCUGCAAUGAGCCCUGUGUCAGGCAGUGCCAGGACUCCACCGUGGCCAUCCAGCCCUCCCCCGUUGUGGUGACCCUGCCCGGGCCCAUCCUCAGCUCCUUCCCACAGAACACCGCCGUGGGAUCCUCCACCUCCGCUGCCGUUGGCAGCAUCCUCAGCUCUCAGGGAGUGCCCAUCAACUCCGGGGGCUUUGGCCUCUCUGGCCUUGGUGGUGGCUACUGUGGCAGGAGCUGCUUCCCCUGCUAAAGCUGCUGCCCAUGGCCCUGGGGAAGGCCCUCGAGGACUCACAAGAUGGUAUUUCACUGGUGGUGGAGCAUCAUCUUGCUGCUU